AUGGCGGCCGUGGAGGACAGAACGAAUUCGAAUCCUUUAGUUCAGCCACUUUUAACCGAUCUUUAUCAAAUAACCAUGGCUUAUGCCUACUGGAAGAGCGGAAAAGUCAGGGACCAUGCAGUUUUUGAUUUGUACUUUCGCAGAAAUCCUUUUCAAGGAGAAUUCACCGUUUUCGCAGGCCUCGAAGAAUGCGUGCAUUUCGUGCGAAACUUCAAGUUUUCCGAUUCAGGUGUGGUUAUAGAUAUUGCUAGUAACUAAAAUUGCUUGGUUCACGUCCUGAGUUUGGUGAAUUUCGGACGAAGACCCUUUGGAUACAACAACUUUAAGCUUAAAAAUAACCUCAGGCUUAAAAUAACCUUAAGCUUUUUUGAAUGGGAUUUAUGUUAAAUGUAAGCUUAAUUAAGCUUGAUUAGGACCACAAGAUGGGAAAAUGACAUUAAUUGAUGUGAUCCAAAUUUCCCAAUUUUUAUAACUUUAUAAUGGGAACAGACUCCGUCAGGUUGAACUUAGUACCUGAUAUGGUCAGUGUUCCCAUAUAAAAGUAUUGUUAGUUUUUCAAGUUGUUAACUUUUUUGAACUUCUUUAAAAUUUGUUGCUAAGUGAAGCGGGACUACUGGAUGGUUGACUUUCGUUUCAAUUCAAACCAAUUGUGCAAAAUACAUACAUAAAGAUGUGGUUUAUUUGGAACCCUAUUUUUGUGUUGUGUACUUAUAGGGAGACGGGGAGUGGGGAGGGGGUUAGAUUAAAAUAGUUCAUAUGACAUACAAGAGACAUCAUAUGACAUGGAAAUUAUCUCUUGGUUCCAAACGGCUAAAAUCUUAAAACUUUUAUAAACGCAUUAAAAUUAUAUUUUAUUUAUAAACAUGUAUUUUCAUUGGAAGGUAAAGUGUGUUAAUCCUUGUGAUCCUAAAAGUGAGCAGUGACUAUUUUCUCUUGACAAUAUUCAAACAAUGUGGUCAUACAAAUGAAAGAAAUUAUUUUUCAAACACAAGACACUGCAUUCAAUUAAUCCAGAUGUCUGAGAAGUCAGCUGAAAUGUGAGCUGUAGUUUUUUAGAGCAACUUUCAGGUAACCAAGCUGUCAGAUGAAACACUGUCUUGAGUGUUCUACAAAAGUUAUCUAAAGAGCAAUAAUUAUUGUUCUAACAGUAACUGUGAAACUAAAAAUUUAUGAUAAUUAUCACAGCCAUUGUGGUGCAUUUUAGCUUUGAAUAACUGUUAUUCAAAGCUAAAAUGCACCACAAUGGCUGUGAUAAUUAUCAUAAAUUUUUAGUUUUGGACAUCCAAACCUUCUUCAUUCCUGCUUGCAUUUCACAAUAUUACUAUAAAUGCAUGUUUAGUGAUUAUCAAAGAUACAAUGUAUGGUUAAGUAUCAGAGUUGGAAUUUACUUUCAUGUCCAGUUGCCCUGCGGCAACCACAAGACUUGGUUUGGUUCUCCCAAUGGAACAUUUCAGUUGUCCAAGCCAACCUCUUUGCCCAGUUCAAUCCAAGAAAGUAAAACACUGAGGAAGUAAAGGGGUGCAGCACAAAUUAUUAACAAUUUUAUCAGUUUUUCACAAGAAAAUGCACCUCAACUGUUUCAGUAUUAUUUUGUGAUCGCAUGAGGCAAAAAUUGUUGUUACCUGUUUGGCUUGCAAAUGCAUGCAUUAUAACUUUGAACCCUGCAGACUUAUUAUUUUUAGUAAGUUCUCCUCAUUAAAUCUAUGCAAAAUGUAUGGCCAUUUGUGUGAAGAAUAUUGACAAAUUGAUCUUUCUUUUCAGACAUUACUUAUCUCAAGACCAUAUUACCACCCACAGUAGAAGAAGAGUUUUAUAAUUUCCUCAAAGAAAUUGACUCUAGCAAAGUCACUCUGAGUUCCAUCUUAGAAGGAAGUUUAGUGUUUCCGAAAGUUCCUAUGAUGAGAUUAGAAGGUCCAUUGCCAGGUAUUUCAAUGCUGAUAGUUCCUACAUUGUGUUUGCACUGUAAGUUUGCUUAACCCUUUAAACCCUAAGAUCAAACUUUGAAUUCUCAUCUGUUGCCCCUAUUCAUUUCUUACAGAAGUAGUGGGGAGAAGUUGAUAAAAUAUCAAGCAAAUUCAUCUGGUGUGAUCAUGAUCAUGUCCGUAAUUCUCAUGACCACUCUGUUUUACAAAGCAUUGAUAUUACAAGGAGAAAUUUGAUGCUGAUCACUCUAAGGGCUUGAAGGGUUUCAACGGAACAGAUCACUAAAUUUUUGAAAACGUUUCCUUUACCAAUACCUCCUGCUAUUAACUGUACUCACGCUGUGGAAUUUCAUGCAUUUCAGAUGACUCACACUAAAGAACAGUUACUGCAUUUUAGAUACAAAAUGGUAGUACACUGUAUUAUUGGUAAACUACCAGUAAAUUAUACCAGUAAAUUAAGUAAACUAAAUUGGGGAGGGGGUAGUGUAAGAUUUUAGAUCUUAAGAAGUUGGCAUCUCUGAGUCAGGGUUUGCUCAAGCAGCAUCUUAUUCCCACACCCAUUGCACCUAAUUACUUUUGCUCUUGGAAUCUUAGUUUUAUUUCAUAGAAAUCCUCUGUGAGGUGCCCUCGAGUUUACAGGCUCAGAGCAUUAGGAUCCCUUCAGUUUUUUAAAGAGUGUAGCCUUGACAGUUUUUUCUGAGAUAGAGUUGCACGCACAAAGAAGUUUUCCUCACACAAGCCAUACACAAGAUACCAGUAAUGAAGGUUAUUAUAUAACUACAAAGGAAUGUUUUAUUCGUUUGCCUUUCAGUUAUUCAAUUAAUGGAAACAACUCUUCUUAAUUUAGUCAACUUUGCAAGGUACUUGUCUUGUCUUUAAAACUGCAUUAGUAUAUAACAUUGUAUUUACUUGUAUACAUGUAUUUGCAUAUUUUUAUAAAAUAAUAUUUUUUUGAUAAAAAUAGAUUUGUUAUACAUUUUUGAAUAAAAAUCAGCUAAUGAAUAUAAAAGAAACGUGAAAUUUUGAUGACUCACCUCAUCAUUAUAAAAAGGCAAGAAAUCAACUACAAUAAGCACCCACAAAAAAUAACCUAGUAACCUACUAGAUUACAUUAUAAGAAUCUCCUGGCAAAAAUUUGUCACUUUGAUACCCAAAAAUACAAGAACCUGUUUCAGCCAUACAAGAUCAAGCAGGUUCUUUUUUUUCUGGUAAUCAGCCAUCUAUUAUCUCCUUCAUAAAAAUUAAGAACCUAAUUAAGAACCUACCGAGCCUAAAUUGCAAUAAAAAUUAAUUGAUCCAAAUUACAAGAACAUUUUUGCCAGCCAAAAGUAGGUUCUUAUUCAUGCAUAUCUUUAUUAUUGCCAUUUUGCACAGUUUUCUUGGUCUUCCAACCUGAUCAUUCCCAUCCAUCAGUUUUCUUAUAAUAAUUUCUUGCUGUUCCCAGUGAACGGAAAGCUCUUUGUAACGGCUGCAUACUUCCGUCAAGUCUUACUUUGUUUAGAUACAGAUGGAAUCUAUUGCUAACUGUUCCGAGGGCACCAAUGUCAAUUGCUAACUUAGGCACAAUUUCCUUACAAUUCCACAGGCACUUCAGCUAUCGUUUUAAGUCUUGUACUUUUCAAUGUUUUCUUGUUUUUUUUUUGUUUUUUAAUGACUUACUCCGUGGUCAAAUGGGCAAGCGAUAUUUAUUAUUGUGCAGUUCCUUUUCUUCUUGUCUAUAGCUACGAUGUCUGGUCUGUCGUGCUCAAUUUUGUGGUCAGUUUGAAUAGGAAAAUCCCACAGUAACUUUUUAUUAUUUUUAUUAUUAUUAUUAUUGUAUCAUUGUUCCUUGCAGCAAUGCUUUUCCAUCAUAAUAAUAAUGUUUUUCAUAAUAAUAUUAAUAUUGUACUCUAUCUGUUUUAUUUCAUCAGUUUAGUUGCAACCAAUGCAGCUAGGUUUCGUCUUGCUGCUGGGUGGGAUAAAAGUUUAAUUGAAUUUGGUUUGCGAAGAUCCCAGGGUCCUGACGGAGGUUUAUCAGCAUCCAAAUAUUGCUACAUUGGAGGUAGGUGGUGAUCACAGUACAUGUUGCACACAGUUAUGUCUUCCAUAUAACACCCAUCUUGCCUAUCAAUAAUUACCAAAAGCAGAAAUAUGAAAAUUUAAGUCAAGAGCUCAUGCGUGGAAACUUUUAACUAAGCUUCUGUGCCAUUUAUUUUGGAUAAAUGAUCUGAAUGUUUAGCAAAGUAUAAGUUGGAGACAAAGGUGUUGGCUUCUUUGAAAUGGCAUCACCAUAUCUUUCAGUCUUGUUGACCCCAUCAAAGUCUAAGUGUCUGAUCUUGUAGCACCGACCCAUUUUGCCCUGUGGUUGUACAUGUUUCAUUACCAAGAUACUCUAGAUGUAUACAGUAAAAUAUGCGGUUUUUACCUGUUUCUUCUAUGUCUAAUUUUUUAAGAUUGGUAUUUCAGCUGAAAGAUGCCAAAAAUAUACUCAGAAAAAAUUAAUAAUAAAUAAUAAUAAUAUUAUUAUAAUAAUAAGGUCUGGUUAAAGUGGACAGUGCACUUAGCUUAUCCAGCUAGUUUACCGGCACUCCACUCAAAUAAUUAGAAACAAAUAGUUCAAAUAUAACAAAACAGGAUUAAUAACCCCAACUUGCAGGAUUAGCAGGCAGCUAAUUGGCUGUUUAUAAGUAUGGCCAAGGAUUUGAACUCAGGGUAACUGAGAACAAAUUCAGCCAGUGGCCAGAGUAUCACUCACACCUGGGACUGUCAGAUUGCGAGUGCAAUGCGGUGAACGCUCGGCCAUGCUGCUUCCUAAUGAAAUUAAUGUAACCUACAGUAUACAUGAAAGCAAUUGCCAGCUUGACUUAAACACCCCACAUUUGGGUGAGGGGAUGUAGUACAAUAAUUAGAGUAUAAUACAUCAUUGUUUAAAAAAGAGGCCAAUUAUCAAUCAAUACUUAUUUGUGGUGAAGUCAGUGAUUGUUCACUGUAAGUUUUGUCCAUUUUCUCUGCUUCUAUGAAUGCUUCAGUGAUCUGCUAUUUUUUUUGUGUGGCAUUAUCAUUAUUAGUUUUGAAACUCUAAAUCUUCGUAAUCUCAUUAUCUUUAGGAUUUGAUGGUACAAGUAAUGUUUUAGCAGGCAAGUUAUGUGGUAUCCCAGUGAAAGGCACCCAAGCACACGCAUUCAUUACAUCAUUUACCCCAGAGGAACUACCACGUGUUGACAAGCUGCGACCAAAAGACUCCAAUCAGGAACCCAGAGAUUUCUAUCCAGUUGUUUGUGACUGGCUGAAGAAAGUAGCACCAGUGUUGCGUGUCUUAGAAAGUGAGGUGCACAUGGGUGAACUUGCCGCAUUUUCUGCAUAUGCUGUUGCAUUUCCGAAUAUCUUUUUAGCACUAGUUGAUACGUAUGAUGUUUACAGGUAUGUAGUUGAAUUAGUGAAUCUGAUGUUAAUGAUAGCCUUGAGCAGGCCUGUCAAAAAGGGCCAGCAGCCGGCCAAAACUGCCGGCUAGUUCGCCAUCCUUAGCAAGCUACUUUCAUCUCCUUCUUCCAUAAAUGAGUCAUAACUGCUAACAACAGUUUUGAAUGACAUUGAACACAUAUUUAAACAGGAUUUAGAUCUGUGAAACGUUUGAACUGUGUGAUGUCGUGGAACACCUGGGACAUUUUGACGGCAUUGUUCCCAGUCUUGUGUGUAUUUCAACGAAACAAGAUGGCGUCCAUGGUGGAAAAUGCUUCUUGAAAACCCCUGGAAAUAUGAUUUCCGAGACUCUUAAUUUCAAAAUAUCCCUACAUGCCUCAGCCUUCAAGAACUUGUGCCUUUGGUGCGAAGCCAGCCUGCCACUUAAAAACUUUUUGACAGCCCUGUAGCAUACAUCACAUAAUUAUGUACUUUCUAAUCUACUCCCGGUUAGUAACAUCUGUGGAGCAGUGCUGAUAUCUUUGUUCUGGGCCCUGUUUGAACUCAGUGAAUUACUGGAAAUGGUUUUCAAAUUUCCUUUCAAUCUGAUGGGCAGAUUGACAGUGGUUCUUUUCACAGGCCAAUGGCACAGUGGUUCUUUUAACUGGUUCAAAGCUGGGUUAAGAUAACAUGGUUAGUGCACAUUUUAAUUCAUAUAUUUGAAUCCUUAAAAAGCAUUUCAGUUUUAAUUUUUUUGUCCCAAGAAAAUGAUUUCUCUAAAAAUAACAGAUGGACUAUCAUGAACACAAGAAAAAGAAAACUGGGUUAAAGUUUAGGUUCCUUCUUUGAACAACUGGCCAGUUGAUGAUUUCUGUUUCACAGGUUUUCCUUCUGCAAUGAUGGCCAGGUUUCUGCAAUGCCCUAAACAAUGUUUGCAGUAACUGUUAACUGAGCAUUAUUAAACAGGGGAUGAUAUUUGUAAUUAAAUUUAAUAAAGCAAAUUAACGGUAAACCUAGUUCAGGAAUAGAUUCUUUAUGCUGUACACGGUGGUUCUAGGUUUUCAGCCCUUUUCAAUCCUACUGUAUGACCAUGCCAAUACGUUCUCUUUACAUGGCACUUGUGUUUUUCAGUACAGUUUGUUAUAAAUAUCGUUUGAGGUUUUGUUUGCUUUAACAUUUAGUUUUGAAUCAAGUCACUGCUAUUUGUAUGAGAGAAUUGUUGAUGUUUUCACUGUGUGGCCAAUUUUUUUCAUAUUUUUAUUUUUUUUUUAUCUCAGGAGUGGCAUUCCAGCUUUCUGUGCUGUUGCCUUAGCUCUGCAUGAUUUUGGAUACCAAGCUGUUGGAGUAAGGCUUGAUUCAGGAGACUUAGCAUACCAGUCAAUACAAAUUAGAGCAUCCCUUGAGAAAGUUGCUGAAGUGUAAGUGAAUCACUCAUUUUUCUGAAGCCAGUGAGGGUAAUGAUAAUGUAAUGAUAAUAGUGGUGCUAAUAAUGUUGUUUUCUAAAGACAUAUCUUAUGAAAAGGAGCUGUAACUCCCUGUGUAGGUUACCAAAUGCUUCUUUUCAUCUUUUAACUUCAUAGUUAAGGUUUACCCCUUAUAAGUUGCUCAGAAAACUUAAAAAUUUUGGGUGCUUCAGUGUUAUGGCGCGCAUUCUAAGGAUAUUGAUUCUGUCAUUCUUUGCUAUAUCAAAUUCAAAUCUUUUGUAGGGUCUGAAUUGAGAUUAGCAAGUAUGAGUUUUUUUGAGUGUGUAAUUAUUUUACUGGAUAUUUUCUAACUUUUCAUUGUUUUGAACAAUCAAGGUUUGGUUUACCCUGGUUUGCAAAGAGGAUUAUUGUUGCUAGUAAUGACAUUAACGAGGACACACUAUUCUCCCUCAACCAGCAGGUAACUUUGCCUUACGUGUUCAAUCUCUAAUUCCUCCUUUCAUGCCUGGUACAUUUGUUGAAGAAACAGUUGUGAGAAGAAGCGUCCCACGCAGACGUUCUUACGGGUUCGUCACGCGUUCCUACCCCUGGUGUGUAUUGCGUGAUGAGCCAAAAGAACUUAGGCGUGGGAGUUUGCUUCUAAAAGUGUUUAGUUGACUUUCUUCAAGCAUUAUCAUUUUCCUUUUCUAUGUAAGCGCUUCAAAUCUUACAACAACAAAGCAACUGUUUCACUUACUAGUCGGUGACCAAGUAAGCAGAUACACAGCAGGGAACCUUUUUCUUCUUAUUUUGUUCUUUUGUUCGUUUUAUCAGGGUCACUGUAUAGAUUCCUUUGGAAUUGGUACGCACCUAGUCACGUGUCAAAAGCAGCCCGCUCUGGGAUGUGUAUUUAAGGUAAGGGUAGCAUUACUUUUUGGGCGAAGUCAUUUUUAGUCUGAAGAACAUGUGGUACUUUUUUUCUGACUCAAAUUUCAUUUUGUUCUGGCGCACAUUUUAAGGAUGUUGAUUUUUUUCAUUCUUUGUCAUAUCAAAUGGCAAAGUGGAGCACGAGAUGUGCACAAGGGAGGAAGGUGCCGUCACGCGUGUCACACGCACCUCGCUCCCGCGCUUGCCUGCGCUCGCCUGAAAAACGCGAUAAAAUAACGCCUGUUCUGCAGGCUACGUCAUUGUCAUUUAACCGUAGAAAACUUUACAGCAAUAGUUAAGGAACUGUACCUGUAAGACACCCAGGGUUGUAGAUUUUUUUAGUAAAUUUUUACCAGAAAAAGGAAAGGCUAUGUAUUCUCAUUCCGCAAAACAGUCCGUCGAACGCGUUCUCAAUGGAAAGCGAAAGCUACCAAGUUUUUCUUGCGCUAUCCUCUAUUUGACUGGGGGGAGGAAACUAGCUAACCACCCCAACCUUACUCUGACAAUCUACUGUUUCAUGAAUAUACCGUUACAGUUUUUUAUUUCCAAGUAAUAUGUAAAUUGUUUUUUUAAUCCCAGCUGGUUGAAUUAAACGGAGAUGCACGAAUGAAGCUUAGCCAGGAUAUUGAGAAAGUCACAAUACCAGGAAAGAAGAAUGCUUUCCGCUUGUAUGGUGGCGAUGGUAAGAUUUAAAUGCCCAUAACCCUAGAAUUUUUUAUUAUUUUUUAAUUGGAAGUACACAUCACCACGAGAAUCUCUACAAAAAUAAUUUUUCGAUUUAACACAACAUAUUUUUUUUAGGAUUCUUUUGAAAAGUAAAUUAAGGGACACGUGAUUUUAGAUGAAAGUAAACAAGUGUGGAGUUUUGGAAUCACAAACUAAAGCAGCUUUGCCAGUAAGAUGCAUUGCAAUUAGAUGCAACAACACUGGCGACCGAACAUGCAUAAACAUGAUUCAAACGUGCAUAAAAUCCCAUUUUCCAGUCCUGAGUUUGUCUUAUGACGUCAAGUGUGAGCCUGUCAAUUUCGGGAUCAGCGGAACGGGUGUGACAAAGAAAUUUAGACUUGAAAAUUUGCUUUAAAAAAUUCAUAAAACGCAAUUUUUUUCGGAGACGUUCUUGUAGUUAUGUGUUCUAAACACUAGACGAACUUUAAGAACUGAAUGGAAACUACGCAGAUUUCAAGUAAUUUGUGGAGAAGGAGGGUUUCACUCGAUAGCCAGAUACCAAGAACGGCGAGUAGUGGGUUGUAAAACUGAGGCUUACCUGAGUAUUUCAAGUAAUCUUCGAGGAUUCUAUUGGAGAUCGGAUGCUACGUUUUUUCAAAUAUUAUAUAUCGUACCUCUUUAUUCAUUACGUUCUUUGUUUUCUCUUGUGUCAUAAAUUAAAUCAGCGUGCAAAGAAAGUAGUGUUCGAUAGCCCAGGGCUGGUGGAUUUUGCUAUCGGGCUAGAGAAUUCUGUUCUUAACUUGCCCGACGGGCAAGUGAAUUGUUUUGAGGAAUUCAAAUUACAGAAGAACUGUGAAAUCAAUCUGCUCAUCAAAACGCUUUAGGGCUAGUUGAAAUGAUGUUUGGGCUCAUGUUAGCUUCAGCUUGCUCGAAUGACAAGCUUUAAAAAUGGCUUUCUAUGCACCCUGAUUAAGUAAGGUUUAGAAUUUCAGUAUUGCUCGGUUCAACAAGUUCAUUUGUGGGUAGUGUAGGAGCUGCUCGUAAGGUGUCUCCUGAUUGAUCGCAGAAAACAAUGACAUGUCAUUUUUUCAAUUGUUUUAGUAUUGUUUGGGGCCAGGGAAAGGCACCAUUGGUGACUUCUCUUCCGAGCAGCUGCUACAUUCUGAUUUGUCAAAGAACUCAGUUUCUUUGUGCUUUUCUUUCACAGGCGGCGCACUUCUUGAUCUUAUGCAGAGAUGUGACGAACCGCCUCCCUCACCUGGAAAACGAGUGUUAUGUCGACAUCCUUUUGAUGAGGCCAAGCGCGCAUAUGUUUGCCCUUCAAAAGUAGAGGCUUUAUACCAUGUCUACUGGAAAGAAGGCAAGGUACUCAAUUAAACGGCAAUACUGCCCAAUAUCCAUUCAUCGUUCAACCUACAGUCAAAUCCCGUCAAUACGGGCAGUGAGGGAGGCAUAGAAAGUGUCCGUGUUAACGGGGUGUUUGUAUUAAGCGGGUUGAAUUUAGAGAAAAUGUAAGGUCUUUCCUUCCCCUGUCCGUAAUGAUGAGGUGUCUGUAUUAACCGAGUGUCCGUCAAGCGAGGUUUGACUGGUUUGUCUCGUUACUGAAGCCCGGUUUUUCGGCACUAGCGACGUAAGCACAACAUAUGGACACCUAACGACUUUUUCUGUAAAAUAACUGUUCGAAGGAGCAAACAUUGCAUAGAAAUUUCUGAAGCUCAUGAAAGGCGUUAAGUUUCUGGAUAACCUUUCCAUUCGUCUAAGAGGUAUUUAGCCUCCCCGCAGACGUCCUUUGGGGUUCGUUUGUCACGAAAUCAUUUCUCCCCCACGGUCCGUGGGGGAGAAAUGAUUUCGUGACAAACGAACCCCAAAGGACGUCUGCGGGGAGGCUAAGAGGUAUUCGGAGAUUUUCUGCCUGCUUACCUAGUAAUUGCCUAGUUUUCGAGCAUUCUUUUGCAUUAAAUUAAAUUUGAAACUUUUCUUGAAGUUUGACUUUGGCCGUUUUAUGGAGUGAAAGCAUUUUUCACUUGUAGACCAGGUUCGUUUUGUAGCUCAGUAAUUUGUGUUGUUUUUAUAACGUCUGAUAUUAACCCUCCCUUAUGCCCCAAUAUCCACAUAUAAAUUCUCCAGAGUGAUCUCAGUACACUUUGUUAGAGAAUUUGAGAGAAUUUGAUAAAAGAUCAAAGCAUUUUCCUUAGGUGAUCACUUAUUAGAUACUCAUAUUCUCAUAACCUUUCUCCAGAUUUUGUAUUGAUAUGGUCCGAAGAAAAUUGAUUUUGGUCAAUCUUGGAACUUGAAGAGUUAAGCUUCUGAGAAGGAAAGUAAAAUGUUAAAACCGUCACUAACGAGUUUUUUUUAUUCGUUUCCUACGAAUCGUCAGAUUUGCAGUCCUUUGCCGCCGUUAAAGGAGGUCCAAGACCGAGUUAAGAAUUCACUCAAGGUGUUUAGACAAGACCAUCUCAGAGGUUUAAAUCCUACGCCAUAUAAGGUAUAUUUCACGUUUGUCAAGUUAUAUUGUUUUCCUCAGAUAUAGUUUCCGGCUCACGCGAGGCGUCGAUCUCGCGUCUCCUCUUGCAUGCCACUCGCGUGCCACUCGCGCAUGACUUCACACGAUAUCCCGGCUCAGAUGGAGAGCUAGCCGACAGGCUAACAGAUGAUUGUUGCUAACUCGGUUACUUUCGUUUUGUCAAAUUCAAGCAGACUUGAAGGUGAGAGGUUAGGCCGAAGGGUCGGGACAUUGUUUGUGAACUUUUUUCUUGCCGUCGUUCACGACUGACGUGACAUUUCACGUGUUAUGUAAUAAUCACUUAAAAGUUUGAAACAUCGACUGUUUCGCUGUCGCCGUCUUGGUUGCGAAAGCUUUCUUAAGUCGCUUGUGGGACUUCGUCACUUGAAAAAGAGUCCAUUUGAGGAGAGUGGUGGGGUGGAUAAAUCAAAGCCAGUUACUGUGAGCAAUAAUGCAGAACAGAAUCAAUCACGAAUAUACUUUCCAGGCUUGCUUUAAUUUCGCUACAUUAACCCUUUAAACCCUAAGGUCAAAAUUUGAAUUCUCAUUUGUUGCCCCAAUUCAUUUCCUACAGAAGUAAUGAGGAGAAGUUGAUAAAAUAUCAAGCAAAUUCAUCUUCUGUGAUGAUGUCCGUAGUUCGCAUGACCACUUUGUUGUACAAAGCAUUGAUAUUGAAAAUUUGAUGCUGAUCACUUUUGGGGGCUUAAAGCGUUAAACUAACUCUGGUUUCCUUUUUGACUUUCAGGUGUCCUUAAGUGACAAUCUGUACACAUUUAUGCACCAACUUUGGCUUAACCACGCUCCAAUCGGAGAGCUGUUCUAAACCAUCCCUAACAAGAACAAGACGUCCCUACUUCCUAACGUACAGCUUCGUAUUCUAGAGUCCAGCUCGAGGCACUCUUUUAAUAGCCCGUAUGUUUGUUGACGUCAGACUAUCCAAUUUCACCACCUUGUAGCCUGGGUGGCAGGGUGCAGAAAUUUAGCGCGA